UUCCUCAACCAGAAUUCCAAAGCUGACCCGGAGGAGCUGUUCACGAAGCUGGAGCGCAUUGGCAAGGGUUCCUUUGGCGAGGUGUUCAAAGGCAUCGACAAUCGCACGCAGAAAGUGGUGGCCAUCAAGAACAUUGACCUGGAGGAGGCGGAGGACGAGAUCGAAGACAUCCAGCAGGAGAUCACGGUGCUGAGUCAGUGCGACAGCCCCUUCGUCACCAAGUACUACGGCUCAUACCUGAAGGACACAAAGCUAUGGAUCAUUAUGGAGUAUUUAGGCGGAGGCUCGGCGUUAGAUUUGAUGGAGCCCGGCGCUCUGGACGAGACGCAGAUCGCCACCAUCCUCAGAGAGAUCCUCAAGGGCUUGGAGUACCUUCACUCUGAGAAGAAGAUCCACAGGGAUAUCAAAGCCGCGAACGUGCUGCUGUCCGAGCAGGGGGAGGUGAAGCUGGCGGAUUUCGGAGUGGCGGGGCAGCUCACCGACACGCAGAUCAAGCGCAACACCUUCGUGGGCACGCCCUUCUGGAUGGCCCCCGAGGUCAUCAAACAGUCGGCCUACGACUCCAAGGCUGACAUCUGGUCUCUGGGCAUCACAGCCAUCGAGCUAGCCAAAGGCGAGCCCCCCCACUCAGAGCUGCACCCCAUGAAGGUUCUAUUCCUCAUCCCAAAGAACAACCCCCCCACGCUGGAGGGCAACUACAGCAAACCGCUCAAGGAGUUUGUGGAGGCCUGUCUGAACAAAGAGCCCAGUUUUAGGCCGACUGCCAAAGAGCUGCUGAAGCAUAAGCUGAUCGUCCGCCACGCCAAGAAGACGUCCUACCUGACGGAGCUGGUGGACAAGUACAAGAGGUGGAAGGCAGAGCAGUUAAGAACCACAGAGUCCAGUUCUGAUUCUGACUCGGAGCAGGAUGGCCAGGCGUCGGGCGGGAACGACUUCGGCAGCGACGACUGGAUCUUCACCAUCCGAGAGAAGGACCCCAAGAAGCUGCAGAAUGGGGAGGGGCAGUCGGGGGCGACAGAGCAGUCAAACGACAUUCCAAAGAGGCCUUAUUCACAGAGCCUGGCCACAGUCAUCUCUCCUGCAUUAGCCGAGCUGAAGGCGAGGCAGGAGCAGGUGAACGGGAACCCCAUGGUGCUGGACGAGCUGAGGGAGGCCAUCAUGCAGGCGGAGGAGUCCUUCCCCGGCAUCGCUGAUUCUCUGGUGGAUCACAUGGUCCACAGGCUCCAGAGUUUCUCAACAAGCAGGACAUCCUCGUCCUCCCCUUAGUAACUGGCUGUCUGCCCUAACC